AUGUCAACCCCAUCCACCAACACCCCCAAGGCUUUCAAGAUUAACAGCAGCAACAACCACCCCGUUGAGCUACUUGCUAUUCGGAUUCAAAACAUUCAACUUGCACCGUCGGCAACAGCAGAAGGACCAAUGAACCAGUCGCACACGGCAGCGCCGUCGUCAGCACCUGAACCACGCUUGGAAGUGCUCUCACUCGACCCCCGGAUCCCGCCAAAUGCGAUACCCGACCGGGAGGUAGAGCCCAUCAGCCUGAUGGAAGACCUUAAGAUGCUCACCAACAAGCUGGCGGACCUCAAAUCUUUACACAUGUUCUUUGGAACGGGCGAGGACAUGGUCUUUCGUCCGAUUGAGAACGUGAUCAAGAUGAUCAGCUUUAUGGACGCCGGUCUAGUGUGGAUGAGGUGGACGCUACUCGAGUACGAAAUCGCCGCAUUGGCUCCCAAUCCGGUUCCAGAGACCGUGGAGGCACGCCUGGACAUACUCCGAAUGGUGAUGGAUGAGUUCUAUCGACAGAUGUAUGCGAAUGAUAAGGUGGUCCGGCAAGAAUUCCGUCGCAUUGUUGAAGAGGAGGAUGCUGAUUACCGACACCUGGAUAAACUACUCGCUGGCUCGAUGAAACUCGACGAAUAA